AUGUCAUACGAAGAUGUCUUACAUCGUGGUGACGAUUUUUUGAACCAAUACCCUCGAAGAAGUAAAGCAUGGAGAUUUUUCUCAUAUAGUACAUCAGUCUUCGUGAUAGGGGUCUCAAAGUUAAUUAUCAAGACUUUCUACUCCGUGAAGCUUAAUAAUUAUGAAAAUUUGACGUUGGCUAGGCAAAGGUCUCAAAGAGAAAAUAGGGGAUUAAUGACUGUAAUGAACCACAUGUCUACAGUCGACGACCCAUUUAUUUGGGCUACUCUACCAAUGUCCAUUUAUACUUCAUUAAGUAAUAUGAGAUGGUGCCUGGGAGCUCACAACAUAUGCUUUGCAGGUAGAAUUAAAUCCAUGUUCUUCUCUGCUGGUCAGGUGCUAUCUACAGAGAGAUUUGGUGCUGGUCCAUUCCAAGGUGCUAUCGAUGCAUCUAUUAGAUUACUAAGUGCCGAUGAUACAAUUCCUUAUGCUCAGACAAGCAACUCAAAUGGUACCGUACGUAAAUAUUUACCACCAAUAAUAAGAGAGAAACCCUCUUGGGUUCAUGUUUACCCUGAAGGGUUUGUAUUACAAUUGCAUCCGCCAUUUCAAAACUCAAUGAGAUACUUUAAAUGGGGGAUUACUAGAAUGAUCCUUGAGGCGACUAGACCACCUAUUGUUUUACCUAUUUUUACUACCGGUUUUGAAAAUAUUUUACCAGAAGAUGAUUCCAAAUCGGGAUUCAAACAAUUCGUUCAUAGUAUUGGUACGAAGAUUAACGUUUCCUUUGGGAAACCGUUAGACGACACUUUAGUUAAUAAUUAUAGAGAAGAAUGGAAUAAUUUAGUCGAUAAGUAUAGAAAACCUGGAGAAACAGAUUUAAACGAUGAACUCAAGUUUGGUUCAGAAGCCCAAGACCUCAGAAGUAGACUUGCCAGCGAAUUAAGAUCUGCUGUGUCAAAUAUUCGUUCUGAACAACCUGAUUUGCCAAAGGAAGACCCUAGAUUCAAAAACCCCUCAUGGUGGAAACGUUAUACACAGACCGAAGGCCAAUCAGACCCAGAUGUUAGAUUUAUUGGACAAAACUGGGCUAUUAGAAGAUUACAAAAAUUCCUAAAUAUUGGACCAACUGAAAAAGUUGAAAAAACAAGUGCCAUUCCAAAUAAUGAAAAAGAGCAAGAAAAUAAUACAACUUUAGAACCAAAAUCCAAAUCCGAUUUCAAUAAAAAGAAUAACUGA